AUGCUUGAUCGUAAAACGGCGAACGUGGAUGAGGAAGAUCAACAGUUGAUUGUGAGUUUUAUGAAAACGAAAAAGUGGCGCAAAAUACUCGAACUCGGACAAGAAUUAGCUCCCGCGCAACGUUCCAACCUCCUCUGGGCCUGGCCGCUCGAGCAGGACGUGGAACGGCUCGGUGAGGUGCUGGUGCGAUGUGGAAUACGAAAGAUUGCUAGCAUAGGUUGUGGUACUGGUUUGCUUGAGUGGAUCAUCGGCUGUGCAAAUGAGGCUAUCAGUGUAAUCGGUAUAGAAAUCGACAAAGAAUGGUGGAGCUCCAAGUACGCACCCGUUCGGUACAUUCCAUUAGCGUUCGUCAGCGGAUCGGAAAGCUCGUUACGAGAGGUAACGGCCAAAUGGCAGGACGAGCAGCCAGAUGCGUUGAUGUUUUGCUACUUCAACAACGGUGCUGCGUUCGAGCAGUAUGUAAAGGAGUUUACUGGUCGUUUCGUGAUACUAAUUGGACCGGGCCAGGGAAAGGGCGUACACACAAACCCAUUGCCUUUGGCACCCGGUGAGUCGUUUGAGCGUGAUUGGAAACUGCUGGAACAGUUCGCGAUCGGAAGCGAAAAUGUCAAUUGCAUUGCCAUCUAUGAGCGAACAAAGUUAUAAACCGUGUAAAGCACAAUUUACUAUACAAAUAUAAUGUGAACAAAAUUAUACGAGCAGCAUAUUGCUGACGGAAAAAGUUA